AUGGCGAAACAAUGGUUCAAUGAAGCGGAUACUCAAAACCUGAAGUUGAGACUCAUAGCUGACAGAUCCACAGAUGGAAGAGUGUAUAACCAAUCGACAGUGUCUGAAGUUGCUGCCUUAGUUGUCGGUGAUAUUGACACAGCAGAAAUGAGGGAUAUAAUUAUGCAAUACCAAGGAGGUGGAUUUAAGCGGAUCAACGAGCUCCAUGCAAGUUACAUGGCCUUCCAAUAUCCUUUGAUUUUUCCCUAUGGUGAGGACGGUUAUAGACCAAAUAUUGCCCAUAGAGACUUGCCAAUUUAUCAGAAUAGCUUACGAAAUAGGCUUACAAUAAGAGAAUGGCUAUCAUAUCGCAUUCAAACAAGUAAGAUUGGUUUUCCGGAUUUGUUCAUAACUUUCACUUGCAAUCCUAAUUGGCCGGAAAUUCAUAGAGUUCUUGGACCACUGCAUUUGAAACCACAAGAUCGACCGGAUAUCGUUUCAAGAAUAUUCAAAAUCAAGUUUGAUCAAUUACUAGCAGAUUUGACAAAAAAUGGUGUAUUAGGCAAAGUACUCGCAUAUAUAUACACCAUCGAGUUUCAAAAGAGAGGAUUGCCACAUGCACAUAUACUACUCUUUCUGCAUCCGUCCAACAAGUAUCCACGACCAGAAGACAUUGACAGGAUCAUUAGUGCAGAAGUUCCUGAUCCCUUGCAACACCUCAGGCUGUACAAUUUGGUUAAGUCUCAUAUGGUUCAUGGUCCCUGUGGCUUGGCAAAUCAGAGGUCCAUUUGCAUGAAAGAUGGGAAGUGCUCCAAAUAUUACCCAAAAAAAUUUCAACCUAACACUAUAGUUGACCAUGAUGGGUAUCCAGUUUAUAGGAGAAGCAACAAUGGAAAAACAAUUGAAAAAAAUGGGAUAAUCUUUCAUAGUGGACAUGUUGUACCGCACAACCCAAGUUUGUUGUUAAAGUACGAAGCACACAUCAACAUGGAAUGGUGCAAUCAAAGUACUUCUAUCAAGUACCUUUUCAAAUACAUCAACAAAGGUUCAGACAGAAUUUCUGCUGUUAUACAAGGCCAGUCCAAGGAUGCAACUUCGGAGAAAAACAAUGUUGACGAAAUUAAACAAUAUUUGGAUUGUCGAUACAUCUCCCCAAGUGAGGCAUGUUGGAGGAUAUUUGCAUAUUCCAUACACAGAAGAAAACCAGCAGUAGAGAGGAUGUAUUUUCACUUGGACGGAGAACACUCUGUUUACUACAGAGAACACGAGCAAGUUGGUGAUGUUCUGCUCAAACCAAGUGUUACCGAAUCAAUGUUUACAGCUUGGUUUGAGGCAAACAAUAGUUUUGAAGAGGCAAGGCUUUUAACUUAUGGUGACUUUGUUUCUAAAUUUGUUUAUCAUAAACAGAGUAGGAGUUGGAAGCCAAGGAAAAGAGGGUAUACCAUUGGUCGUCUUUGUUGGGUGCCUCAAUGCUCAGGUGAAUUGUUUUAUUUAAGAAUGAUGUUAACUGUUGUUAAAGGCCCUUUAUGUUAUAAUGACAUCAAGAAAGUUGAUGGUGUUCAACAUAAGACUUUUAGAAAGGCAUGUUUUGCUAUGGGUUUCCUUCAAGAUGAUCGAGAAUUUAUUGAGGCCAUCAAAGAGGCACAUGUUUGGGGUUCAGGUUUAUUCUUACGAAAGUUAUUUGUGACUAUGCUUUUGUCCUCAUCCAUGAAUCGACCAGCACACGUAUGGAGAAAGUCUUGGAAGUAUUUAUCUGAUGGUAUUCUUUACGAACAACGGUCAAAUCUCACUUUAUUUGUCAUUUACCAUGCUGCAUUGUUUCUUGCUGUCUUUGUUCCAAUAUGCAGUCGCAAUGCAUCUAACUAUGAACAUGUUGCUGAAUUGACACUUAUCGACGAGGAACUUCAACAGCUGACUUUGAUGGCUAUUGAAACACUAUUACAAAAUGACAACAAAACAUUGAAAGACUAUAAGCCAAUGCCAUAUCCUAAAGAUUAUGUUGUUUCCUUCUCGGGUAAUAGGCUUAUUUAUGAUGAGCGUCAAUAUGAUCCUAUUGCUCAACAACAGCUAUUUGCAAGGUUAUACGGUUCUCUAACAAAUGAGCAAAGAAGCAUUUAUGAAGAGAUCAUGGAAGCUGUAGAGAAACAAAGAGGCGGCGUGUUCCUUUUAUAUGGAUACGGUGGGACCGGAAAGACUUUUAUGUGGAACACUUUAUCAGCGGCCCUUAGGUCUAAGAAAAAAAUUGUCUUGCCUGUUACAUCAAGUGGGAUUGCAAGUUUGUUGUUACCAGGUGGAAGAACAGCUCAUUCUCGGUUUAAGAUUCCAGUCCCUACUUUAGAUUAUUCUAUUUGCAACAUUAACAAAAAAGAUGAUAUUGCUGGGCUUCUUAAAGUUACAGAUCUAAUAAUAUGGGAUGAGGCUCCUAUGGCUAACAAGUAUUGUUUUGAGGCACUUGACAAGUCAUUGAAAGAUAUUAUGAGUGGCACUACACAUGGUCAAGAUAAGAUAUUUGGAGGUAAGGUUGUUGUUUUUGGUGGUGACUUCAGGCAAAUUCUCCCCGUAGUACCAAGAGGUACUAGAUCUGACAUUAUUUAUGCAACAAUCAAUUCUUCAUAUAUUUGGGAUCAUUGUAAAGUCCUAAAGCUCACAAAAAACAUGCGGUUACAAAGUGGUGCGGCUACUUCUACAACAGAAGACAUUAGGGCAUUUUCUGAAUGGAUUUUACAAAUAGGUGAUGGCACAAUGUGCGAGCCUAAUGACGGUUAUGCUGAUAUUUGUAUUCCCGAAGAGUUUUUAAUUGCAGAUUUUUCAGAUCCUAUUAAAGCUAUAGUAGAGGAUACAUACCCUGAUCGUAUUAGUAAUUAUCUUGACUCCAACUAUCUUCAAAGUCGUGCAAUUUUAGCAUCAACAAUUGAGGUGGUGGAUGAUAUCAACCAAUAUAUCACAACUCUUAUUCCAGGGGAGGAGAAGGAAUAUUUUAGCAGUGAUUCUAUUGACAAAUCUGAUGCAAAUAACUUUGAUGGAUACGAGCAUGUCACACCCGAGUUUCUUAAUGCACUCAAAACAUCUGGAUUGUCAAAUCAUUCUAUCAAGUUGAAAGUUGGUGCGACUAUCAUGCUAAUGCGCAACCUAGACCAAUCUGAAGGUCUGUGCAAUGAGACACGACUAACAGUGACUAGGCUUGCUAACCAUGUCAUUGAAGCUAAAAUCAUUUUUGGUAAAAAUGUUGGUAACAUCAUUUAUAUUCCAAGAAUGUCUUUGUCUCCUUCCCAAUCACCAUGGCCAUUUAAAUUGGUGAGAAGACAAUUUCCAAUAAUUGUCUCAUUUGCAAUGACAAUAAACAAGUCUCAAGGACAAUCUCUUGACCAUGUUGGGUUAUUUUUACCUAAAGAAGUAUUUAGCCAUGGUCAAUUGUAUGUGGCUAUCUCUAGAGUUAAAUCAAAAAAGGGUCUUAGGAUUCUUAUUCAUGACAAAGAUAAAGAAGCAUUGACUAUUACCACCAAUGUUGUGUUCAAGGAAGUAUUCCAGAACAUUAAUUAG